GCGAAAGCUUAUGAAAAAAUCUUUGAUGCGGGAAAGAUAUCAGUUGAUUGGCUACCACACUUAUGAUAUCAGUCGAUUGCUCAAAAUUUGUUUAGAUAUCAUAUCUUUUCCAUAUAAUAGUUGAACCCUUUUCGAAAUUGAGUUUAGUUUUUCCCGCAAUCCCCAAACACAGGAUUCGUGUCCAUGUGCCUUCUUUCUUGACUGCAAACCCUGGUCUUGAUUCUGAGGUUGAAGAGACUAUCUCAUCACUUCCAUGAGGUCGGACUCGGGCGGUUCACCUCUCUGAAUUGAAUCCCCAUACAAUCCCAGCUGCAGAUUUAACAUUAACACAAUGGAAACCUAUUUCAUGUCGGGCCGCUCUUCUUCACCUAUCCUUCGGUUUCGGCUUCUUCCUCCAAAGCUCUUUCUUCGGAGUCCUCAAGUAUUGCCUCUAGUUUUGCAAGAUUUUUCCUGCAAUUUACAAGCUAGGAGCCAGGAAGAGAGAUCCGAAGCCAGGAAUCGGAUGUUUAUACUCGGUAUGGGUUUCGUCGGGCAGUUCUUCGCCGAUCAGUUGAAAAAGGACGGCUGGGAGGUCAUAGGGACAUGCACAAGUGAUGCUAAGAUGAAGAAACUUGAGGGAAUGGGAUUUGAUGUCCAUCUUUUUGACUCAAAUGACCCAGAACUGAGAAGCCUGCAUACAAUGGAAUCUGCUAGUCAUCUCCUUAUCUCCAUUCCUUCUGUUGCUGGUUUAGGUGAUCCGGUGCUCCAUCAGCAUAAGGACCUUUUACAAAGUAGAUUAAGCCAUGGAAAUCUUCAGUGGCUGUGCUACUUGUCAUCAACAAGUGUAUAUGGAGAUUCUGGUGGCGCAUGGGUUGAUGAAGAUUAUCCCACAAACCCUACUAGUGAGUCCGCCAAAGCAAGAGUGGAUGCUGAGAGGGGGUGGUUGAAGUUGGGCCAUGAUCUUGGUAUUUCUGCACAAGUAUUUCGGCUUGGGGGUAUAUAUGGCCCUGGAAGAAGUGCUUUGGACACCAUACUCAGGCAAGAAUCUUUGUCAAAAGGUCAGAAGAUGAGGGAGGCUAGAAGAUAUACGUCCAGAGUCCACAUUGCUGAUAUUUGUCAAGCACUGAAGGCUAGUAUUAACAUGCCAACAUUUGGGAGAAUAUAUAAUAUUGUUGAUGACGAUCCAGCCCCACGCUUGGAAGUAUUUGCAUUUGCACAGGCCUUGAUUGAAAAAAGAUGUCCGACAUGGAUGAAACAAGGCCCAGCUCAUGAGGUGAAGAACGUACCCGCUAAGAAGAAAGUUACAACUGAGAAGAAAACCAUCGGGGGAGAAAAAAGAGUAUCCAACGCUCGUUUGAAGGAUGAAUUAGGAGUAAGGCUUCUCUAUCCAAGUUAUAGGUCAGGGCUGCCGAGUAUUAUGGACUACAUGGAGGAGAACUCAUUUCCAAAUUUUACAUAGUUUUGUCCAUCAACCAUGCAUUCUAUCAAUUCAUAUCUCCGCCCCACAGCACAUCCCCGCCAUGUAUUGGGAGCAUUGUGGGGGUAUGUGCUGUGGGGCAUUGUGGGGUGGAGAUGUUAACUCGUGCUGAUGUUUUAUAUUGGAUGCCAGAGGCUCGACUCAGACCAGUUGCAGCUGAAGUUAUCUCUAAACCGUUUAUGUUUGUUUAUUUUCAUAUAAGAUAUAUUUUUUUUGUUUAUUAUGUAUAAUAUUUUGAUCAUUUUAGUUUAUUAAUAACUUGGGUUGUAUUUGGUGCCAUUGAUGUUUUUACCUGAAAGGCUGAAACGAUUACAAAUUGAUAAUGGAUCGCUUAAGCUAUUUUAAGUAAAAACAGCAAUGGUACACAAGUGUUAUUUAAUAUUUGAUGCCAAAAUGUUUCAGGUAAAAACAA